AUGAGUCUAGACAAAUAAUCAAGACAAUAUGAAGUAAUAUUAGAGAUUGGAUGUGCAUAUACAAAAGUGGGGUUUUCAUUAGAUACUCAACCUAAAAAGGUGAUCAAAUUGAAUUUUGAGAAACCCCUUUAGAAAUCAAGAUUAUCAUAUGAAUUGACAGUGGAAGAGAAAUUGUAUUAAAUAUUUAAUGUUGAUAUGGUAUGUAAUUUAAAAGGAAGAUCAGUAGCUUUGAUAUAUAAUUAUUAUAACAAUGAAGAAAUGUAUAAUGUUAUAGCAUAUGUGCUAUUUUAUAAAUUUGAGGUAGCAAAGAUAGCAUUUUUAAUUGGUAAUAUACUUCCUCUUUACAUGACAGGACAUUAUUCAGGUUUUGUAAUUGAUUUAGGAUAUAAUGCAUCAACUGUUAGUGCUGUUUACGAUGGAUAUUCAUUAUUACAUUAGACAGGUUAUAUAGGAGAAGGAGGUAAGGAUUCAGCCAAAAGAGUUUAGAUGUUAUUACCAGAUUAUUCAUGGGAGUAAUUGGAAGAUAUUGCAGUUAAAUAUUCUAAAGUCUUAAAUCCAGGAGAUGUUGAUGAAAAAUAGAAGAUUAAAUUAAGACAUGCAGAAAUUUCAGAAUUUGAAUUGGCAAAAUGUUAUACUGAUACAUAUUUUGGUAAUUAUAAAGAAGAGGAAUCAAAUAUAGCAUAUGGAUUUUUAAAGAUUGUUUCUUAAAUAAAAGAUAGAGAUAUUAUUACUAAAAUGGCAUAAAAUAUUGUAAUUACAGGGGGAGCAAGGAAAAUACCAAAUUUAUUAUUGAGAUUUAAAAAUGAAUUGCUUUAAUUAUUAGAAUCUGAAUUCUCAUCUAUCAGAAAUAUUAAGUUUUAUAUUACUAAUCUUAUAGCUUAAAAUUCGAGUUGGGUUGGAGGUGCUCUCAUUGUUUAAAUAGGUGGUUAUGAUAGAUUUAUUGUAACUAAUUCUAAAUUUAGAGAGAAUGGUAAUAUGUUCUGCACAAGAUCAGAUGCAUAUAAUUUUAUUUCUAUUAAGCCAUGA